AUGAAGUUUGAAAAGCAGCCCGAGGGCAAGAGGGCAGAGUCAUCCAAGGUGGAGACCAAGGAGCCGAAAGUCGAGGAGGAGGCAGAGGUGGGAGAAGAGGACGAGGACGACAGUGAAGGUCUCAUUGAAUUCUUCAGUUCCUACCAGGAGCUCUUCCAGUUCUUCUGCAACAACACGACCAUCCAUGGGGCCAUCCGGCUGGUUUGCUCUAAGAGGAACAAGAUGAAGACCGCCUUCUGGUCGUUUCUCUUCUUCCUCACCUUUGGCCUCAUGUACUGGCAGUUUGGGAUCAUCUAUGCUGAGUACUUCAGCUUUCCCGUCAACCUGAACUUGAACCUCAACUCCGACAGGCUUACCUUUCCAGCUGUCACACUGUGUACCCUCAACCCCUAUCGGUACAGUGCUCUUCAGCAUGAUCUGGAAGACCUGGACCGCAUCACCCACCGGACACUGAUGGAUAUGUACAAAUACAACAUGCCAUUGCGGCAGAAAAAACGUAUGAGCCAGACUCGUCGGAAACGCAGAUCCAGAAGCCUGUACUACCACAUCCAACGGCACCCACUGCGUAGACAGAAGCGAGACGCUCAAGGCAGCGUGGAGAAUAACAAUCCCGAAGUGGGCAUGAACGACUGGAGAAUUGGCUUCAUCCUGUGGAAUGAAAACAAGACUGAUUAUUUCCACCAAAUGUACUCGUCAGGUGUGGACGCUGUACGAGAGUGGUACAGCUUCCAUUACAUCAACAUUCUGGCCCGGAUCCCUGCCACCAAGGACCUAGACGAGUCCAACUUUGAGAGCUUCAUCUACGCCUGCCGUUUCAAUGACGCGUCUUGCAGCGAAGCGAACUACACGCAUUUCCACCACCCCAUUUAUGGGAACUGCUACACCUUCAAUGACAAUAACGGCACCCUCUGGAUGUCUUCUCUGCCUGGGAUCAAUAACGGCCUCUCCCUGGUCGUCCGAACAGAGCAGAAUGACUUCAUCCCCCUCCUCUCCACGGUGACGGGGGCCCGAGUCAUGGUCCACGGUCAGAACGAGCCGGCUUUCAUGGACGACGGGGGUUUUAACGUACGUCCCGGCAUGGAAACCUCCAUCAGUAUGAGAAAGGAAACAACAAACCGCCUGGGAGGCACCUACAGCGACUGCACCGAAAACGGGAGUGACGUGCCAGUGAAGAACCUCUACCCGUCCCAUUACACUGAGCAGGUCUGCAUUCGUUCCUGUUUUCAGAAUAUCAUGGUGGAACGUUGCGGCUGCGGCCAUUACUUCUACCCGUUGCCACCUGGAGCAGUCUACUGCGACUACACUAAACACCCAGGCUGGGGUUAUUGUUAUUACAAACUCCAGGCUGAGUUCAAGGCCGGCCUCCUGGGCUGUUUCAGCAAAUGUCGGAAACCGUGCAAGUGAGUAGGUCUCCAAACUCGCGGAGGAUACCAGGGCUGGCCUGUCCUUCCCUUCCAGGCCUGGGUCUUUCACAUACUGACUCGGCAGAACAAGUACAACAUCACAUCCAAGAGGAAUGGAAUUGCCAAAGUGAAUAUAUUUUUUCAGGAGUGGAAUUAUAAAAGCAACGGGGAGUCUCCUGCUUUCACAGUGGUGACGUUGCUGUCCCAGCUGGGCAACCAGUGGAGCCUCUGGUUCGGUUCCUCCGUCCUCUCCGUCGUCGAGAUGGCCGAGCUGAUUUUCGACUUCCUCGCCGUCACCUGCAUCCUGGCCUUCCAGUGGGCCUACCUGCAUCGAUCCUCUGACCGCCCCGCCUCCGGCGGCCACGACAACUCCACCUUCUGCAGUGCACCUUCUAUGCCUGGCGCCCCAACGCAUCUGCCUGUUGCGUCCGGGGUGGCCCCGCUGCCUUCCUACAAUAGCUUGGAAUCGCUUGCCGUGCACAGCUUUCCCUCCAGUGGGAAAGAAGGCCCCGCUUGGGCCUGGUGGGCAUUACUGUUGGGAGAGGAUUUCAGCCAAUGCUCCCUCUAA